AUGACAGACUCCAAUCGUCCUAGUGAUUCAGGAAUUGAGAAGAAGGACUCUGACCUCUCAGAUGAAUCUCAAACACUCCAUCAUCUCGGCCGAACCACCACCUUACAAGAUCUCGAACCCGUCAUUGACGACGACUUCAUCCCAUUGUCCGACGAUGAGAUCAACAAAUUCUUCGACGCUCUAGACAUCAACAAGAACGGCCUCGUAAACUUUGAAGAACUCGAAGCGAAACUCCGCCAAGCACACCAGGAACUCGCCCCGGAACCCCAAGCACACCAUCUCCUCCACCCGUCUCGCCGCGAUGCAGAAAAAGGUCUCUCUCACAAAGGAGGCGAUGGUUUGCACAAAUUUCUCUGCCACAUCAUGCCCGAGUGCGGUUCGGAAUUGAACCGUGAAGAAUUCGUCAAACAUGUUCGAAGCUGGAAUGUUCCGAGCCAAAAGGGCGCGAAAGAUGCUCAUAAAGAGGAUGUUGAGCAGGAAAAGAAACUUCCUUUUCGACGUCGCGUUCGUGCGUACUGGGCUGUUCAUGGACCGAAUAUUAUCUUUCUGGCGAUUGUCGUUGCGUUCAUCAUUGCUGCUGGACUCUGGCAAUGUUUGAUCUAUGUCACGAAUCCUGGAGCACGCGCUGCCUUGGGCUGGGGAAUCAUCGUGGCGAAACUUAGUGCUGGGGUGAUAUAUCCUGUCAUGGCCUUCAUGCUUUUGAGUAUGAGUAGAUGGUUGAGCACAUUUCUGAGGAGAUUCUGGACCGUGUCGAGGUUUGUGAAUUGGGAUCUCAGUCAGAGUUUUCAUAUCUAUAUGAGUUGUGUUGGAUUGGGGUUUGCUACUUUACACGCCAUUGGACAUCUCACGGGCGAUUUCUUAUACUCGACGAGAUCGGGACAGCAGGAUGAUCUGGUGGAUUACUUUGGUCCGGAAAUUCUACCAUUGACGUAUGGAGACUGGGUGCGAAGUCUACCGGGAUGGUCUGGAAUUACCUGCAUUCUUCUCUUCUGGACCAUCAGUCUGAUGAGCUUACCCAUCAUUCGAAAGAAAUCCUACGAAGCCUUCCAAUUGGCUCAUCUGCUCAUGUUCCCAUUAAUAGGUCUCCUCUGCGCACAUGGAACCGCACAUCUUCUACAAUCACCAAUGUACGGCUACUGGAUCGUCUUCCCAGCCCUUCUGGUCAUAGUAGAGAGAAGCUGGCGCCUCAUCUCAAGUUUCAUCCGCUUGCCCGCGGAGCUGAAAAUCCUAGACGACGAAACCGUCGUCAUAACCUGCAAACACCCUCGAGGUAAAGACUACAAGUACGCCGCCGGCCAAUACAUUCUCGUCCAAGUCCCGCAGAUUUCCCUCUUCCAAUGGCAUCCCUUCACUAUUUCUUCCUGCCGUGGCAACGAACUACAAGUCCACAUCAAAGCGGACGGGGACUGGACGAAGAAGUUACGAGAUGUAGAGACUGAUAAUGGAUGCUGUUCCAUCAAAAUCGGUCUCGAUGGGCCUUAUGGAGCUCCCGCUCAAAGGUUUUACGAUUACGACUAUUCCAUCAUCGUAGGCGGCGGGAUAGGAAUCACGCCCUUUUCCGCCAUCCUCACCGAUCUCGAAGAAAGCUUCUCCGAAUCACGCGAUCCUUGGGAUGAUGAUGAUGAUGAUGGCUCCCGCAGAAGAAAAUCCAGAGAUAGUCGCCGAAAAUCCCUCUCGCGUCCAGGCUCCCGCACAGUCUCUCGACUCCGCUCUCGCCAUUCCAGCCGCACUGGCCAUACCCGCGGCCCCUCCCCUACAAACAACAACAACAACAACACCCCCCCUCACCACCAUCUCCCUACCCCAACCCGUCGAGUCGACUUCCACUGGACAGUCCGCGAGAAGAACAAUCUCCUCUGGUUCUCCUCCCUCCUAAACCGAGCCAUCACGAACGCAAAUCCACUCGCUCAACAAGGAAAAUUGCAUCUGAAUAUCAACACACACAUCACUGCGAAAAGAAAUGAUCUCUCUGUGCAUAUUUUUCGAUAUAUCCUCGAUGGUUAUCGGACUAAGGAGGCUCCUUUUUCGGCGUUGACGGGUUUGAAGCAGAGGAGUCAUUUCGGAAGGCCGGAUUUUGGGAGGAUUUUGGAGAGGCAUUUUGAGGAGGUGGUUGGGGAGGGGGGGUGUAAGGUGAAGAAGGUUGGGGUUUUUUACUGUGGAGCGCCUGUUGUGGGGGAGAUUCUUUCGGAUACUUGUCAUGAGCUUACUGUUCGUGCCAAGGGCGAGGGAUUGGAUAUUAGAUAUGAUUUCCUCAUGGAGGUUUUUGGUUGA